GAAUAAACUACUUUCGUGUCUAACUUUGCCGACGGAGUGUUCCCGACUCCAGUCACUAAUUCGUGGAUUAUUGCGUUGCUGUUUUCGUCAGGCUGUGAGUUUUGUAUCUUAUUUGUGUGGAGGAUUUCAAGCACUUCAUUUUCGUGGUGGCUGCGCCAGGAUUCUACUAGAGAAGAUGUCUCAGGAUCGGACUGGGCCGAUCGUUCAUGUUCGUGAGAACAGCGACACAGAGCUUGAGGCUCUGUUCACGAUAGCAAUGAACCCGUCUCUGGCCGAGACAAACAAAUCCGUACCAUACCGAAUGCGAAACUUGCCCGCAUCGUUCUUUCGCCCUCCCGAGCCCCCAAAGCAGAUGAAGCAAGAACUGGGGGUCGGCAAUAACCUUAACGACGCACCCGGUUACCACGGGGCAGUAAACUCAUCAAUGAACAUUGCACACAUAAGGGCUCACUCGUCCCCGGCCAGUUUACAACAAAGCCUGAGCGCAGCCCCUCCACCACCCCCCACAUCCCAUGUCCGGCAGCAUAGUUACGAUGCUUUGGAUGAGCAACCACUGCCGGCUGGGUGGGAUAUGGCUAAAACACCGCAGGGUCAGAGGUACUAUUUAAACCAUGUGUUACAAAUCACAACCUGGAAUGACCCGCGCAAAACUCACAGUACAGUUAACCCAGUCUCCAGCAACAGCAGCAACAACAACAAUAACACUACCACAAGCAACCUCAACAGUUCCUCACCAGCCGGCACACCAACCAGCCAGGCCACGACGCCCAUGAAUGUGGACAAAGUUCCUCUACCUCCCGGGUGGGAGAGGGCUUAUACAGCUGACUACGAGGUUUAUUUCAUCAACCAUAUUGACCGCACCACGAGUUGGUUUCAUCCCUCCAUACCAACCCAUUUACAAAAGCCAGGGAUGAAGCUGCAGCAAGCCAGCGGUCCAUCUCAACAAGAGCAGCUCAAACAGCUCAAGCUACAGCAGCUGCAGAUAGAGCAGGAGAUACUCAAGAAAAGACAGGACGAGAUCGCCAGACAGGAAAUGGCUCUACGAGCCCAAGUUGGUGAAACUGGUGACCUAACUCAGCCCAGUGAAAUGAGCACAGUGGCAGACCCAUUUUUUGGGCAGACAGGGACGUCUGAUCACCACUCACGACAGGAGAGUGGUGACAGUGGCUUGGGUGGGAUGGGAACAAGCUACAGCCUGCCUAGGACACCUGAUGACUUCCUCGGGAACAUGGAAGAUAUGGACACACAAGAUGGGGGCCCCAAACUCCAAGGGCAAUCAGAUUUCGGCAGCAUGGAUAUGGGUGGUGAUGUGGGAGAUCAUUUGAAUAUGGACUCUGAUGAUUUGGUGCCCAGCUUACAAGAGGAGCUCAGCAGUGAACUUCUAAAAGAUGUGGAAAAAGUUUUAGGCAACAAAGAAAACCCUUUAACAUGGUUGUGAGAUAAAGGCCAUCAUACAGAUACCAUCACCAUCAUUUAGCUAUCACCAUCAUACAGAUACCAUCACCAUCAUUUAGCUAUCACCAUCAUACAGAUACCAUCACUAUCAUUUAGCUAUCACCAUCAUACAAAUACCAUCACUAUCAUUUAGCUAUCACCAUCAUACAGAUACCAUCACUAUCAUUUAGCUAUCACCAUCAUACAGAUACCAUCACCAUCAUUUAGCUGUCACCAUCAUACAAAUACCAUCAUCAUCCAGCUAUCACCACUCUACAGAUACCAUCAAAUUGUAACUUUUAUACUGAAUUAUGUUUUAUUCUUUAAAGAGGCCAACUGGCCCAAUUUUGUAGGUAAAUGUUGCCACUCUGAGAGGUGGUUUUAUGUAGUCAAGUUUACUCAUAUUUUUAUAAAGGAGAGAACUAAAUGGUAAUUUGUCCUAUGUGACACUGUUUGACUUUUUUAAACUCACCCUGGUAGUAUGGAAGAGUGGGGCAGUCAGUAUGGUUGUGCAUUUCAUCAUCAGCAUUCACAUUGAAAUACUACAUUAAAUAUACAUAUUUAUUAAAGUAAGACCUAUAUAUAUAUAUAUAUAUACAAAUAUAUACAUUCUAUUUUUUUACUCUUCAUAUUUGAUUGUUACCAUGUUGUUUAUUAAUUUUGUUUUUCUUUUUGCCCCACUCUUUUGUAUCAAGAGAUAAUGUUGAGUUUAAAAGGGGUGACUACUGUGAAUAAAUUGUAGAAUAAAAAGGGUUGUAAUGUUUAAUUAUUAAAAAAAAAAGAGUGAAUGUAUGUAUUUUAAUGUUUGAUGAAAUUACUGCAUUUAAGUAAUGGAUUAUUUUUACCUUGUUUUGUGAUAUCUGUCCUUGAAUCAAUACCUCUAUGCACAUGAAAUUAAACUGAAAUUAUUUUUUUUGGUAAUUGAGAUCAUUUUAAAAAAUUUUAAAGCAGGAGUGCAUGUUCCUGGGUUGAUUUUUUUUUUGUUCAGACUCAUAUAAGAAGUUGUUAAGUGAUACUCUCUAUGCAAGGUGAAAACAUUCUCAAUUUUAUUUUGUAAUUUUACAAAAUCUUUUUUUUUUCAAACUAUAUGGAAGGUUGUGAUAUGAGAUUUUUUCCUAGACAACGGAAUAGUUUAAAGAGUGAAAUUGGCCGUUACUUGUUCUCUUGUUGACAGACAACUGCUGAAAAACUUGUUAGCAUUCAGGUGAUAACAGUGAUUGUGCAUUACUUAAAUUGUUUUUAUUUGAUUACCAAUGUUAACACUGCAUGGAAGACUUGAAUAAAAAUAUUUGUGUACAAUAAUUGUAUUUUUGGGUAUAGAAAUGUUGAAACAGUAUGGUUUCUCUCCCUUUGUAUCAUUGUCACCUCCCCUCCACAAAGGUCAUGUUUUUUUUCCACCUGUCCUGUUUUUCUAAGUCUGGAACAGCUUGCUGUUUUAGGGUGACAUGUGGCACCAAAUGUUGCAUGUAUCCUUCCUUGUUAUGGGCAGCACUUUGGCUAGAAUUGUGGUUUGUGGGUGGAGAACAUUAGUCAAUAAUUUCAGUUUAUUUUAAAAUAAUCUUAGUGCAUAGUUACCAGAAUGCUAUUGCUGCAAUUAAAAUUAUGUCAGAAGUGAAUUUUUUAGCUAAACAUUUAGUUUUUAAAUAGGGGGUGUCUUGACUAAGACAGCUGAUGUUUUUGGAUGUAGUUUUCUUAGGUUAUCUAAUUUAAGGAAUUUAUUAUGAAAUUAACACAAAACAUGCACAAUAAGGUUUUCUUUUAUGGUUUUGUAAGUAAAUUGUCAAUUUGUUGUUAAAAAUUAUAUUUCAUUGUUAGAAUAUAUUUUAAAAAAAUAAUUUUCAAAAAGUAUUAUUGUGAACAUUCAGAUUUUAACGUCACUACACCUUGUUCAUUCACAGUUUUUAUAUCUUCAAAUAUUUGAUGCAUAUCAGUGUUUGACGUACAUCAUAUUUAUGCUUUGUGUAACCAGUUUGUCCUUGAAGGCCAAUGGUUAUGUUUGUAAUUUUUCAUCUCUCAUUACAAAUCAUUGAUGGGCUUGACAGCACAUGUUACUGAGGUUGGCCUUUUGUUUUCCUCACCUGGUGUAAGUAAGGGGGUAGCACGAUAUCGGAGACACACCCCCAGGGCACCCUCGACCUUGAAUAACCAUAUUUGGAUAGAUAAGUGUAAAUAAUGAGUUGAUCAUUAUAUUUAAUCUGAUACAGACUUUGUACAUAACUGGCCAGAAAUUCAAAAUGGCUGAUGUAUCUUGUAAAACUGUAUCCCACAUGUAAACGGCCCAUGAAAUGGCACUAAGUAAAACAUUUGGUUUCUUUGAUUUCGAAUCUUUAGUAUUGUUCCACUGUAUGAAUUGUGCUGAGUCCAGCCUAGUCUAGCAAUAGCUCUCACUAUGCAGACCCCAAGCUAUGUCAUUACAUUCCAAAAGGUUUCUCCCUUCAUUCAGGACUUUUCGCCAACACCUUCGGAGUAAUCCCCCCUUGGAAAACUUGUAAGACCAUGCAAGAUCUUGCAUACUUAAACGAAUACCAUUAUGCAAUUUUCCCCUCAUUAUCAUCAUUGCAUUCAUUUUUGCUUUUUUUUUUCUAACAUCAGCCUAACCUGUGAUGUCAGUUUGGUAAUUUUAAAAGCAUAGAAACAAAGUGCCAGAUUCAUCCCAUGUGACUUGUCUAAACUGCAGGUUUACUGUUUAGAGGUUUUUAAAAAAAAAAUAUAAUCCUAUAGUCAAAUGUUAUUGUUAUCCACCAUAAGAUGUACAUACGAUAGUUGACCAUAUUGUACAUAUUAAAAAAAAAAACUUGAUUAUCCCCCUUGAUUAAAAAGAAAAAAAAAGUUUUUCAUACUGCACGUUUCAGGUUUUAUCUAGAUGACUCAUCACAUGACAUAUACAAGCCAUAAAUAUCACUGUUUGUAUUGGCUACUCAAAUUUAUUUUCAAAAUGAGUUGGAAAAAAAAAUAAAAAAUAUCAAAAGAU